UUGCGAGUCCAUCGUGUCGUUACGACGUACGCGCAACGUCUUCAAAGUAUAAAAUUUUACAAAGUUCUUUUCGUAGCGCCCAAGAAUCGAGAUCGAGGUAAAAUUACCGCCAAAUGAAUCCGGUAUCCGGUGAUGUCAGAUGAGAGAUACGCGACGAAAAAAGAGAGAUCGAUUGGAGUGUCAAUCAUCAGCAAACAUUACUAUCAAGCGUCAGAACAGUCAAGUCAAAUUUCCGUCUUAUAGAGUGAAAUUCCAUUACCGUCGCAAACGAGGAUAAAGAUCGUGCGCGUUUGAAGUUUGAAGCGCCAAAAAUCAUAAGGCAUUAAAUUAGCAGCGAGACAAUGUUCGGCAAUGCCGUGCAAGCGAAGCUGGCGUCGAUGGUGCUGAUCGGCGUCGGUAGCUUUAUCAUCGGCAUCGCACCUGCCUGCUUUGUCUCGCGUACUCGUCAUCUCCAACGGAAGCUGCUGCUUUCCUGUGCCCUGUGCUUUGGCGCAGGUGUCCUCCUAGCCACCGCGAUGCUUCACGUACUACCGGAAGUGCGCCAAGGUCUACCGGAUUACGCCGAGCUGGUGUUCUCCUGUGGCUUCCUCGUAUUGUAUUUAGUCGAGGAAUGCGUACACUAUUUUUGCCGAGACAGUGAUCAUGGAUCUGAGAUGCAGGAUUCUCGCUCAAUUAGGCUCACGGAUUUUAGGAUUGCGCACGAGCGAGGUUGUUCAAACUGUCGGAAUCACUCUCAUGGUAUCGGUUACAAUGCCGCCACGCAAGACAACAAAAUUUACAUGUCUGAGGGCGACAUGAGAUUACCGCUCAACUAUCGACAAAAUUCUCUUGGUAAUAGCUCCAAUAAUGCGUGGACGUUUACUAAUUACGGCGCGACGCAACGCAACACGAGUGACUGUCGUUUGAGAUCGACGAGCGAAGAAAAUACAGUUUUGUGUCAUGGAAAUCACAGUGAGCAAUGUACCGAUGCCAAUACCAGUCUCGCCGGUCUCACCCUCGCCCUCACUGUACACGCCGUCCUCGAAGGUCUUGCGAUAGGAUUACAGAUGAAAAUCGCUGAGGUGUUAUUAUUAACUGGAGCGGUAGCAUCGCACAAGUUUGUUAUCGGUUUCUGUUUGGGAUUGGAAUUAGCAAAAGUCAAUAAAUCUGUCCUUAAAUUAAUAUUUGCAAUUUUUUCAUUUGCCAUCGGAUCCGUUAUCGGAAUCGGCAUCGGUAUGCUAACGUUUCAGGCAAAUACAAAUUGGUCCAAAGUGGUAUUGCCAAUUUUACAAGGUUUGGCAGGCGGAACUUUGCUAUACGUUACCGUAAGCGAAGUUCUCCCGAGGGAAAGGACGAGAUGGCAUAAAAAUUCGCGCAAAUUUGCAGGCAUUUUACAAUUUCUGUCGGUAGUCGUUGGAUUUGUUGUCAUUUUUCUUCUUAACAACUAUAUGGGCGAGUGAAUUGAUUCCAACAUUAUAUAGGUAUGUAGUGGCUGUUGCAUAUACAUAUUAGGCAGUAUGACGGAUUGCGCGGCAGACUUUGCAGGAACUUUGCAAACACGACUCACAAUCAAUAAUACUA